AUGAGAGAAAUUGACCCAAAUACCACCGCUCAAGGGUUCCAAAACCUUCCCACCGAGCUCCUUCAACAGACUUUCGAAUUCUUCUGCCAACACUGCACGGAGAAGCAUCUUACUCCUCGACAUGAUCUUUGGGACCAGGAGAUUAAAGAAGACCGUCGCUGUCUUAUCAACCUGUCAUUAACAUGCACAAAAUGGGGAUAUGCCGCACAGAAAGUCCUCCAUCAUCACUUCGGCUUCUUAGAAACCACCUACGACCAACAGAUCUCCUUUUGCAGAACAAUUUGUGGAAACCCCGAGCUAGGAAGACAGUUGCGAGUCGCCAAGCUUAGCAGAAUUGGCACAUUUCUGAACGUGAACUUGGAAGACUGGGUUGCCGAGUCUCUUGCCAAGUAUUCCGAGUUCAUCUCAUAUCCUGGUAGUAUCUUCGAUAUGGACUCUUUGACCUGGGAGGACUAUAUCGCACCCCUUAUAAUACUCCAAGCGCCCAAUCUUGAACACGCCGUUUUGCAUGGACUCUACGAUUGGUUGGUAUUGAAUGAGUUCAAUGUACGGAACGUAACACAGGCUCGCGCUCUCCCUCAAAACCUCAAAUCUCUGUCGCUAGGGAGACAACACAAAAUGAUAUGGCUAUGGCCCGAGCCACCCGUAGAGAUCCAGGACAAAUCCAUGAGUGUGUUAUUUGCAACGUUCGAAAAGCUCCAGAUGCUGACCAUAUCCAACCCGCACCUAUACCUGCUAUCAAAACCACCUCCUUUGCAGAAUCUGCGCUCUCUUCGCCUAUUCAAUGUCGCCGCUGUGGAAGAAAAGCUCCGGCUUUUGAUUGACGGGGCGACUUUUCUCGAGGAGUUUGUGUUUUGGGAAAUGGAACGGGCUGACCUUGCACCACGUAACUGCGUGACGCCUGACGAGAUUUUCAGUAUUCUUUCUUCCAGAAAACUGACUCUAAGAAAAGUUGUCUUACAAAUGAUGGCCACGACCGUACCUUUCGCAAAUAUGCAAGAGCUAACACAGCCAGAGACACUUAGAGACCUACGGCAGCUGACCAAGCUCGAAGAGCUGAGGAUGAACCCCGAGAUGUUCUGUGAUAUCCCCGAGCUUUUGUCCAGAAAGCAAACUUUGUGUGAUGAAGCCUUCAUUGCUAUCUUUCCGCCAUCUCUCCAAAAUCUGUGCCUUGACAUUACGGUAUUAGGAUUUACUUGCUUCGGCGCAGCAUUAGGAGCAUAUGCUAGGUCAACCUACAGGCAACCCGAGCAAACUUUCAAGCAGUUAACCCUCCACAUCACUUCUGUAUUCCCAAGACAUCUACCAAACUGGUUUAAUCUUAGGCAACCUUCAGAAGAAUGUCUAAAAGCAAUGGGUGAUCUUGUCAAGGGAAAGUGGGAAGAGAACGGACGGCUGAACAUCACCCUGCAGCAGCUUCGGUGGCAUAGUUGCAGUGAGCCGGGCACGAAUUCCAUUCUGCCUGCGUUUAAUGACUGA